AAACAAUCCAAAUAUCUCGGAAUAGGCCAGGAACGCGCAUUUGCCAUCGAUUAAAUAUUGUAUGAAAAGUGGUUCAAAAUGGGUGGAGGCGAUCUGAACACGAAGAAGUCAUGGCACCCGAACACGAUGAAAAACCAGGAGCGCGUAUGGAAGGCAGAACAGCAAGAAGCGGCCGAAAAGCGUCGUCUGAACGAAUUGCGUCGCGAAAUCGACGAGGAACGGAAUCGGGAAGAGCUAAAAAGUAUCGGACAAAAAUCAGGCAUCCUUCCAACCGAUGACAGUGAUAAGAAGCUCGAGUGGAUGUACCGUGGACCGUCACAGUUGGUCAAUCGAGAGGAAUAUCUACUCGGGCGCACCAUCGACAAAACGUUCGAAGAGCUGGAUGCACAGGAAAAAGCGUCCAAUUCCACGUUCGGUGUUGCACAGCCAAAAAAUCACGUCGAGCAUGAGUGCAUACCGUUCUCCAUCCGACAGCACAAGGAUGUGCUUAGCAACGAUCAGGUAGACCUUGCCCGGAAGCUCAUGGAGGAUCCGUUGAUGUUGAUCAAGCAAAAGGAGAUGGAAUCCCGACAGAAAAUUCUUCAGAAUCCGGUUAAACUAAAGGAGCUGCAUCGGUUGCUAAAAGGCGACCAAAGCUUAAAAGAUUCGGAGGAAAAGAAAGUUAAAAAGGAUAAAAAGGCUAAGAAAAGCAAGAAAAGCCAAAAGAAGAGGAGGAAGGGUAAAAAGCACAGCGGCAGUAGCGGAUCAGGAAGUGAUAGCGAGCGAAGCGCCGAUUUGGAUAAGUUGUUAGCGGAGAAGUAUAAAAAAGUGACAGGAGAACACCAAGACGGUGUUAGCAUUGACAAAUUGCUCAGCAUGAAGUAUGCAAAACUAUCCCAAGAGCUGGAUGUAAUGGGCAGCAGUGGUACAAAGAAGAAAAAACAGCGACGCGGUCGGAGUGAAAGUUCCAAUUCUUCAGAUGCGGAUAGAAGAGAAUCGCGAAAGCGUAGUGUUAAUCAUCACGAAAGGCGUGAAGAUCGUGGCAAACGUGACAACCGUGAAGAAACGAGCCGAGACAAGGGAAGAAACGGAAGGAACGAUCGGCCACGAGAAGUGAGACAAAGCAGAAGAGACUCAUCUGAAGAAACAGAUCGAAGGCGCAAUAAUUUAAAGAGGGAUAGAAGUAGUGAUAGGUACAGGAAUAAGUCACCACCAGGACGAUCCAACAAUCGAUCUCCAGAGCGCAAAGUUUACACGGCGAAAGACAAAAACAGCCGAGGUCGUCGUUCCUGGUCGGUAUCAGCGGAAAAGAAACCCCAAAAGGAUGUGAAGCGUCGAUCCCGUUCACGAUCGACAUCAACGCAUAGAAAAAGGACGAAGGACACUAAGCGCCGAUCCCGUUCCCGAAGUCCGCGUAGAAGAAGUUGUACUCCAGUGAAGCCGAAGCCUUCAACCAAACCACGAAGAACACCUUCUUCAAGUUCAUCAUCAUCCGAUUCUGACGCAGCGGAACAACAUACACAAUCACGACCGUUCACUGGCGAUUCCGACGAUGAAAGGCGGAUCAAAAAGAUACGAAACUUUGGACUCGUAACCGCUUCCGGCGAAAAGUUGGAUACCUCAUCGUCGCGCCCAGAAGUGCGACUGUACAAGCGCGAAGAGAUAAAAGCAGAGCAAUCGAAGCAGAAACCAAGCUGGACCAAACCAAAGGAAACGAAACGAACAUUCAGUGAGAAGGAGCUAGAGGAGAAGCGUCUAGCAAUGAUGAGCAAUGCACAAUGGCGCGAAAAGGAACGGGAAUCAAACGUGAAGCGGUAUGAGUCGGAAGAUCACCGAGAGGAGUCGGCGUCGGCUGGCCGGGAGUACGAUAAAGAGUUCGUAACGAAGCAAUUUAAGCGUGCGGCCGCCAGUGAAACAGUCGAAUCGCGCAUCCGAUCGAAUCGCAACAACAUUCAACGGUCGAAUGGUGCCAUGGACAGAAAUUUCGUGAAGCGAUGAGUGGAAAUGAAUUGCUUAUGAAUCUUGGUACAAAAUCGUACUUUGUAUUAUGAAAUUAUAAAUAAAUUUCAAAUUUAACGAAAAUAUCCAAGUUGGGAUGGUAUAUUGCUGCAGAACAA